ACAUUAGGUAAAAGAUAAGUUCCUUCAAACAAGGUCCCAACAGUUUUCCUCCUCUUUAAAACACCCACUAGUCAAAACAUUUCAUACGACUUUUGACGUCUAGUAGUCGGACAUAAUCGUGCGUGCUGGUCAAAAAUAAUAAUUAAAAAUGUCAAAAGAAAAAACAAAAGUCGAAGAAGAUGGAUCCAUUCAGAGAUUGUGUAAAAAAUUCAAUAUUAAUUAUAAUUUAAUUAUGUUAAAAGUGACUCUCUUUUUGAUGUAUGGAGCUACUUCAUCAUUAUUACCAUACUUGACUAUUCAUAUGCAGAGCAUCGGUUUAUCUGUAGAAGAAAUAGCUAUUGUAUACCUAGCACUACCUCUAACGACUUUUUUAGCUCCGCCUGUAUCAGGAUUCCUAGUCGACAAAUUUGGUCAAUAUAAGCCAGUUUUGUUCAUAUCUUUAGCUUUAAAUGCAAUUUUUCAUCAUUCUCUAAUAUUAAUACCUCAAACAGAAACACCUGGAGCAAUACCAUCAGCAUAUGUUAUGAGACAUCCUGAAUCUGGUAAAGUCGAUGUUUGGUGGAGCCCAUGUCCUAGUCGUGAGUGUCCAGAGGAUGAGGAAAUUAAUUUGGUAUUAGACGAAUGUGAUGACCACUGUUUAAUGAGAGACUACAGUAUACCACGCGAAGAAAAUGAUUUAGUACCUAAGAUCGAACAAAGUAUAGCUGUUAGGCCACCGACAUUUAUAGCCGGAUCUCCACCCCAACAAUCAUUGCCAAAUUGCAUAAUGCCAUCUUCAAAUCAUCCAGGUUCGAGUCAUAACCAAGGAGUUGAUGAAAAAGACUUAUUUUUCAUUUAUGAGAAAACAAAGCAAGCUAGAAAUUUGACAAAAUCAUCAACAAAAAAAUCUGAUACCAAGAAAAAAGUAAGAAUGGGAGUUCUGCUCAAUGGUAAUGAAACAGUAAAUGAAAUAGCAAAUAUAGGAGCUGGACUUAAUAAUGUCAAUGUGACAUCUACUAAAAAAGAAGCUACUGUGUUUGUAGUUUUAGAUAUGCACCCAGGUCUAAUGGAUCCAACAGAAACAUUAGGAAUGGAGUUGCCUGAACCAGAUCAGGAUGAACAAGUCACUGAUUUUCGUCAACAUUUUUCAUCAGAUAUGUUAAUUUCAUCAGGAGUUAAUUUUACUGCACUUCUUGAUCAUGAUUUGCGUUGUGGAGGAAGAGUAUUAGCAACAAAUUUGACUUACAACAAACUUAAAGAAUUGGCAGCUGAUUGUAUGCUUCAAAAAUGUAUAUUUAGAACUGGAGGUCCUGAACGUUGUCCCCCUGAAUACAAACCAUCAAAUGAAAAAGUAUUUUGGAUAUAUUUUGGGUUACGAUUUAUAGGUACUACUAUGUUAUCAGCAUCAGUAACAGUUAUGGAUCCAAUAGCUUUAAAUCUUAUACAAAGAUACGGUGGACAAUUUGGAAGGGAAAGAUUAUUUUCUACAGCUGGUAUGGCAUUAUUUUCUCCAUUAACUGGGUGGUUAAUAGAUAAAAUGAGUGCAAAAAAAGGUUACACGGACUAUUCUUCAGCAUUUUACACUUAUGAUAUAUUACUUCUAUUUUCGAUGAUAACUCUCUUAAUGAUGCCAGUUGGUAUCAAAAUGCCAGCUGAUCAUAUUUUAAAAGAUAUGAUAAGAUUAUUAAAGUUACCCCAUGUAAUAGCUUUUUUAUUUUUUUUGUUUGUUCUUGGAAAUUGUUGGGGUUUUAUUGAGUCUUAUUUAUUUUUAUACCUUAAAGAAUUAGGUGCAUCAAAUUAUUUGCUAGGUAUUACAGUAUCAGUGGCAACAAUAAGUAGUGUACCGUUUUUAUAUGGAGCAGAAAAAAUUUCAAAAAAAAUUGGCCAUGUAAAUAUUAUAGUAAUAGCAUUCUUUUCUCAUGCUGCUAGGUUAAUGGGAUAUUCAUACAUAGAAGAUCCUUGGUGGGUUUUCCCAUUUGAAGCUAUUGAAUCCUUAGCAGUUCAU